CUGAACCCCCGCAGGCGACAUGUUUGAUAUUUUUCCAGUAAGGUGCAGGAGUACCAUGCUUGGCUUAUGAGACAAGCCAAGAGGUACAUUCUGAUGCAGACGGGUUUCGAUUUGGAGGGUGCGGAGUACCUCCAGGCCUGCCGGCAGUUCGAGGACUUCCACAUGCAGCAGGGCAGGUUUCGUGAUUGGGACGGGGCGGAGGGGCGUGCUCGUGGGCGCGCGUGUAGCGGUGACACGGAGACGAUCGAGUGCGCGUCUUGGUGGUCCCAGUACGGGGUUCGCGCCCCUGAGUUGCAGCGGUGCGCUCUUCGUGUGAUGCACAUGUGGUCUUGCGCCUUUCCAGCGGAGAGGAACUGGGCAGUCCACGAGGGCAUCCACACGAAGAAGCGUAACAACUUGGCCUUUGAGAAGGUCAUGCAGCUCGUUGAGAUCACCGCAAAUGUGCGGCUGACAGAGUAUUGGCGGGCAGGAUGCGGUUACGUGCUGCCAUGGCAGCGCAACGAGAGGAUGUUGGACUGCCAGGCAGGAUUGGAGGUUGAGCCGGUGCGCACGGGCACGCGCCAGGGGAUGACGGCGGCGGAGAUUGCAGAGCAGGUUGCGCUUUUUACGCGCGAUCCCAUCGGGUCUUCUGCACCGCCAUCCGCUGAUGCCAUUUUUGAGAGACGUGCUUGCAUUUUCCGUCCGUACCCCAGGGACGAUGACUCGGAUGAGGAGCCCACACCCGAGGGAGUAGAUGACCCUGCCCUGCCCAUCCCGAGCGAGAUCGACGAGACGCAAAAGGAGGCCAAUGAUGCCGAGCUCCGCGCCUUCGUCAUGUCGCAGGACCGCAGCAAGGGUCCGGCGCUGGCGGACCCUUCCACGGGCCCCAGGCAAGGUCAUAACACGAAGGCGUUCGAGUCGCCUUUCAAGGUUGAUGCGAAGGUCGACAGGAAGAGAGACGAUCCAGUGUGGCAUUUCGUCGCGAGAGGUCGUUAUUUGGAUGGCUCCACGGCGGCGGGUAGGAAGCUUGGUCGUCGCUGCCUGUGCAGGUUGUGCGGUCGUUCUAUUUGCGGGGGCGCCAAAGCUGCCAAGGAACACUUCUCGAAGAGCGAAAAGUUCCGAUGCGAGGCGGCCACUCCUGCGGUGUGGUAUGCCAUCUGGGCGAAGGACAUGACCAGAUGUCCGAAGGAGUUCGUUUCGGCCAUCGAGUCAUUGCARAGCUUAGAUUCGGGUCAUCCAAGGUUCCARUGGCCACCGUUGCGAUACCCCGAGGACUYGGUSCCGCCUCCCGUUUCCACSACCGCCCCCUCUUGUGYGUCGCCAUUGCCUGGUCUUGYGGCUCCAACUGACGGGGUCACAGCUCCGCUSCYGGCGAAKGCAUGUCCACCRCCUCGGCCACRUCCUACGGUAGCCRGGACAMCGGGUGCUCGGCAUGAGCAUGUUGGUYGGUCAUUGCCGGCCAACGAGCCCCCAUCUGUUAGGGAGGGUGGAGGCGUUGCGGCAUUUGACGAGGAAAGCACGCGUGCUUUCGUCGACAGUCGCAGGUGGGGGAGGGAUGCGGGCUCUUCGGCCGGACUCGCCCCUGUGUUCACCGCUGCCAGACAGUCAACUGCCGCACGGGCUACUAGUGUUGUGGCACCCGUCGCACCUGCCCGUUGUUCGUCGGAGCACCCUUGGCUGCCGCCUCCGCCGUCGAGAGCGGCACGGGAUCAUGUUGUCGGCCAUGUCGGUGUGAUGGACAGACCAGAUCCCAUGCACGUGGCUUUAGAUGCUGGACAUCCUGCUCCCCCUUCCCGAGUCGGGGGACAGGCGGUGCCCGGGGUGCCUGCUGAGGAGAUCCUCCCUCCGCUGGCCGAUUCGGCGCCGACCCCGAUUCGGACAACGACUGCCAAUGCUCCGCCUGUGCUCAGCGGAUCAUUAGAUCCUUUGUACCGCAUGCGCGACAUUGCAGUCGCCCAGAGUGCGGCACCCGCGAGUCCUGGUGGGUUGUUGGAUGCCGGGGUCCUCAGUGGCCGAACCACGACGGGACGAGGCCGGGGGACUUAUCGCCAGCAGGCCGUGACGUCGUAUUAUUCGGACCCUUUGGAGUGCGUGUGGCAUUUGCAGAUCAUGACGUUCCUCGUCGAGAGCGAGAUGCCGUUCAACUGCGCGAAGCUCGAAAGCUUCAAGCGCAUGUUUACGAUGAUCAUCCCGCCGGGGAUUCCCGGGACGCCCACUCCUAAACUCCCCACCUACCAUAUGCUGCGCACGACCCUCUUGGACGAGCUGGAUGCCGAGGUCGAGAAGUGUAUUCGCCCUGUUCUCGACAUGUCGAGACAACAUGGUUGCACAAUCAUGACGGAUGGUUGGACCAACAUCAGGGGUCAGACAUUGUGCAACUACCUUGUCGGGACAGAGCCAGGGGUAGCGUACGUGGCCACCAACGUCAUGCGCGGCAAGAAGGACGCCCAUGCGCUCGCGACCGCGUGGUUGAAUAGGGUGAAGUCCCUGGACGUGAACUUGAGCGACAUCACAGCGUUCGUGACGGACUCCGUCGGGGUGAAUGUUGCGGCGAUGGACGUUUUCCAGAAGGAUGAGAGYGUCAAACACAUCUUCUGGAUUCCGUGCGUCGCCCAUGUCAUGGACCUCAUUCUCGAGGACAUCGGCGGGAUUGAUWGGGUGGCUUCCCGCAUAGCUCAGGCGAGGCUGGUGACGAGGCUGGUGGACCUGCGGGGAGAGCUGACGAAGGUUAUAGGCGACAAACGCUGGCGUGAGACGGUUUGGUCCACCAACAAGAUCCACAAGGACGCUACGGAGGUUACUGCGUGCAUCGGGUCUCCUCCGUGGUGGGAGGAUCUGAUAGCUCUAUAUACCAUGCUGCAGCCCAUCAUGGACAUGUUGAGGUUGGUGGACAGCGACACGUGCCUGAUCAGCAAGAUUUUGCGCCGUUAUGAGGUAAUGAUUGCAUCUUGUUCGUCCGCAUGCAAGGACAUCGAUCGGGAMCAGCAGGAYGCUAUUCUGGAGGUGUUUGYCAGGCGACGCACCAURUUCCGGACCSCYGCCCACACARCAGCCAUGUUGUUGGAUCCCGAGUUCCGGGACCCAACGCUUAUUGACGAUGAUGAGGUGCAGCAGGCGUUGGUCGAGGCCCUUGUCCAGUUYGGCUACCCGRAGGGAUCGCCGCAGCACCGGGAGGUCCGUCGAGCCGUUGGCAAGUUCCACACAGGGGAGCCGCCUUUCGAUGACGUCACCAUGCGGCGGGCGGUGGAUACCUUUGACCAUCCUGCCAGUUUUUGGUCGUCGAAGAGUGCGAAGUUUCCUCACACGGCCGUGUUCGCCGGCAGGAUCCUCCGCAUUUGGGCGACGGCGUCACCGUGCGAGAGAGYCUGGUCUCGCUGGAGCUUCAUUCAWWMAAAGUCUCGRAACAGGUUGGAGGUCUCUYGGGCUGAGAAGCUUGUCAGGUGCCAMUGGAACCUCAGGCUGCUCGAUAGACCUGCGUUGCAUGAGGAUGGAACUGGCGGCGGUGGCGAGGGGAGAGGCGUGGACGACGAUGUUGGUCACGGUGGUCGCACCAUGACUCGCAUGCCUGCCAUCGUUUUGAAGCGGUUGAGACGCGGGGGCAGACGGGAUGACAGCAUUGCAUCUCGUGUGCGUAGACGUCGUGUGCACGUCGCGACCAGGACGGAGGCACAUGUCAUGCAGCAGGACCCGGUGUCGGAGGAUGACAUGGGUGAUCAUCCCGCGUCGUUGGCGCGGGAGGAAAGUGGAGCGGUGGUCACUCGUCCCCGGUCGCCGGAGCCGGCUGUCGGCACCGCGGAGGAGACGCAGCUCCAUCGCAUGCCUUCCACAGAUGUUGUCACGGGUGCGGACGGGGCGCCUAGGGCGGAGGUCGCCCCCGCAGGAGUGGGUUUGGAGGACGGGGAGGCACCACCCCCUCCCACGACAGGCGGUGGUUUAGAGGACGGAGAGGUCGCACAUACUCCCGCUUGUGCCCAGGAUGGUCUCGAGUCUGUACGCUACAGUAGAGAGGAGGUGGCGCGUGUGUUGGCGAGCUGCGGUUACUGCGCUGAGGAUAUCCGCGACACAUUGGCGGGAUACCCAGACAGUUUGCCAGACGUGGCGCCACCAAAGGCUGCUCCGCUGGAUGAGACGCAUCACGACACAGGAUCCGACGCGGUCGGCGGCGACACGAGACUGCAUCCUUCAAAGGUCCGCAGCUCUCCCGCCGGUUUUCAUGUGGGAGGCCCGUGGGAUGUGGAGAAGGGGUUGGCGGAUGAGGUGGCACGGAACCGCCGUGGUGGGCCGCGCGUCGCAGCGCAACACAGUCUGGGAGAGUCAUUAGAGGCAGCAUCCGCGGAUCAUGUGGCGCCUGGGGGUCGUGGUUCGCAGGAUUUUUCGGACGGCGGGUCAUUAGUCCCAGCACGGGCGGCGGGUCAGCAGGCAGAGCCCCACCCGGGCCCGACGGCGGCGACAGAGGCUUCCACAGCCGCUGAGGCCGGCGAGACCACAGGGGCCGACGAUCCUAAUGACUCCGAUUACGUGCCGAGGUUCCGGAUGGCGAAUGGAGAUGACGGUGGAGGACGACGCGUGAGGCAGAGGACAGGACUCGGCCCGCAAGGGCAGUGCACGCCAUCGGCCAAUGCGCCGCUUAUUGAUCGAUGGGCUCGAGCUCGCUCUAUGUUGCGCAGGCAGGAGGAACGAAGUGGCUUCCACGGGGAUGCGCGUGCUGAGAGAGGCGGGGCCUCUCAUGCCGACACGAGCCGUGCAGAGGCGGGGAGACCGACUCCUGCUCCUGCCGGGCGAGAGCCGACCGUUCAGCCACCUCCUGCGUCGAGUCCUGCACCGCCCAUCCCCGUCUCGCCUCUUCAGCCAGCCACUACACAGGCGGAGACGGAGGAGUUGGCAUCCUCCUUGCCUCCGCUCGGGGUUCUGCAGAGAUCGACGGUGGUUCGACAGCUGAGGUUACGAUCACCUUCCCCGGGGGUAUUACAGGAGGAGGGGGAUGUGGCAGUAGCAGCGCAGGAGGCACCAGCAGUCUCAACAGCGAGGGAGGAGGUGCCAGUACAGGCGACGACUGAGGAGGAGGUAGCGGCAGCGAGGCCGCAGGAGGCCGUUCCUAUGGAUCAUGACAGUGCGGACACCGAUGAGCAGCUCGUGCGGCGCUUCAUCACGGAGGAGGUCGAUCCAGUCGUGGGGGGUUUGACCCCGGGGGCGGCGAUGGAGCUGGGGAUUUCUGCUCCCACAGAGGGGGUGGGGUCAGAGAUGGGGACGCACUUAGACUUCGACUUGUCGAUGGGCCCUCCACCUACUUGCGGCGGGGCGACAUCGACGGAUCGGGCGCCGUCACGGGACGACGCAGCAGAUGCGACGGAGACACGGACCCCAAUGGAGAGGACGCAGGCAGAGCUCGAUCAUCCAGCAUGGCAGGUGAUCCCUUCGGUUCCAUGGGGUCCGGCGUCGCCCGUGUGGUCUGGGUCUACCUGCACCGGAGAACGUACUGCAAGAGAUGUUCCAAGGGUUUCGGGUGGCGUGCAGGAGACAGCGCCACAUACAGGAGACAUGCCACCCCCUCCUCGUAGACCACCUAUAGGUGAUCCAUCAUCGUCGCCCACAGGUAGAGGCUCUCGAUCCCCACAGACGCCCAGGAGAUCGAGGAUUUGUGACACGACAGCAGUUCUGCGGGACGUGUGUGACACGUCCAUAUUCGGGAGGACAAACAUAGAUUUGGAUUCUACCCGCCGUGUCAUGGAGCACACUGCACGCGUUCAGCUGGGCUUGGGAGGAGUUGGCGCCAGGACGACCGCAGCGAGGGAGGUGCCAGCAUCAGGUUGUGAGCCUCAGCGAGGUCGUGGUAGAGGAGUGUCCACCUUGGAGCACGCUCUGAGAGCAGCGACGCGUGCUGUGCAGGAGCAGAUUCCGCGCAAGCGUGGAGUGCCUCCUCGUCCACGCCCUGUGGCUGCAGAGGGAGGCGCUGCGCUUGGAGAGAGUUCGGGGGCGGAGGGGUUGGGGAUGCCUCCUAGAUCCCGCCGUGAGCAGACGGGUGCAGAGGCUAGUGCGAGGGUUGUUUUGUUGAGGAAGGGAGGAGGCCCUGUCACUAUCGAGGAGGAUGAUCCUGAGACGGAUGCGGCAGUGCGAGAGGAGGACAAGGACUACGAGGGCGAGGAGGAGGGUGAGAAGGAGAGCGAGAGAGGUUCCGGCGGUGACAACGACUACGGCGACGAUGGGCCCCCAGGCCCCCCACCUCCCCCGCUGACGCGUGCAUCUAGACGGUCCGCUGCGCAGACUUCUUCGUCCGCACGAGGGAGGAGGAGGUCGGCAUCUGGCACUCGAGGGGGUGCGAGGACAGGGAGCGGGAAGGGGAAGAAGGGUCAUUGACCGUGAGGCCAACACUCCCUUUUUCCCCUACUCGCAUCGUACUUCAUCAUGUUGUGAGGUCCUGUUUUUUCUGGUCGUGUCGUCUUGUCUUCGUAUUGUUAGACACUCAGUGAGUCAGUGGUAGUGUGCAUGCUGUAGUUGUUGUUUCCUUCGUUUUUGGUAUGUAUGAUUUUGGUACCAGUAGGGUGUUCGUAGAUUAGCGUUGGUUGCAGCAGACUGAG